UCAUUCAAAAAAUGGCUUGCUGGAGUGCCAGGGGAUGGAGUGGACAUUGGUCACCGGAUCAGCAGCAGCUGGUCUUAGGUGCUAUUUUCACUCUGCAUAAAGUGAUGGCCAGCCACUGCCUGCCAUGGAAUACAUUCACUCCAAACUGACCCAAAGUACGAAAUGAAGUCCACAGGGAGCGAGAAAGGAGUUCACCCAGACAGCUAUGCCUCUGAUCUGGAUGAACUUGAAAGUGGCAGUGAAAGCUCUGACAAGUCCAUCAGUGGCUGUAGUCAGCUUGAUGGGAAAGGGAAGCGGAAGAGGAAGAGCAGCCAGGCAGGGAUCAGUAAGCAGCGGCAGACAGCGAACGCACGGGAGAGAGACAGGACGCAUAGUGUGAACAGUGCCUUCACAGCGCUUCGGACUCUUAUCCCAACAGAGCCUGCAGAUCGCAAACUCUCCAAGAUAGAGACUUUGCGCCUGGCUUCAAGAUACAUCUCUCAUUUAGCAAACAUCCUCCUCUUAGGAGAAGACAGCCUGGAUGGACAACCUUGUUUAAAAUAUCAAGCCAUUCCCAAUGGCACCAGUAUAAGCAACCCAGCACCCAGACCAAUAUGCACUUUCUGUCUCAGCAACCAGAGAAAAAUGCACAGAGAUGGGGAAAAGCAAUCAUCUGUUUGAUGUAGAAACAGUCAAGUUUCAGAUGGCAAGCAUUUGCUUCCGUGCUGAGUGCUGUAUGGAAGCACUGUUUUGGUUUGUUGCUGUUUUUUGUGUGUGUGUGUGUUUUUAAAAAGAAUUUAAAGUUGAAUGUUUACAUUUGAAACUAUUUAUUACUGUAUCUUUUUAAUCAUUGAAGGAUACUGUGUUGCACUUUCUGUUUACAAUGUGACUCUUUUAUUCAGGUUGUUUUGUAAAUGAAACCUAACACUGUGGGUGCAGCAGCACCUGGCAUGGCGGCUAUUUUAAAACUAGAAAUGCAAAACCUCAGCAUCUCAGUCCUAAAGAAAGUCUUGCCUCUCCAGCCCGAUGUCACAUGAUGUAACCCAAGCUGAGACGCACAGUGGUUCCUGUCAGUAGAGUGUCCUCUCGCUGUGUUCUAAUCCUAUGCCAGCUGUAGAUCAGCAGUAAAAUGUCCUGAUCGAAAAUGUAUCUGUAUCUAAAAAUGUCUGGGAAAAGAUGUGGCACACAGAGCAUCAUAAGGUCCUCAUAUCCGCAGCACAGUAAAUUAAUUUAUAGUGGCAUCCUUAACCUUAGACUAGGCCUAUUCAUGAAACAGUAUGGGGGGGGGGGGGGGGUGGUAAUAUUAUCAAAUGAACAGAAAUACUAUUUCAGCUAUCAUUCAUUCUUCACACAAAUAUAUAGUAUUUGAAUUAAUAUAAUAUGUGAUGGACAUUUUAAAUCCCGAGCCUGGAGGACAGUUUAUCAUAAAUGUGAAUGUUGAUUUUAUUUUCUGAUAUGCAUAUUUUCACUGGAAAUAUGUUGAAGGAAAAUAUUGCAAUGAUCCAUGUACAAUAUCAUUCUUGACCUUCAGCAAUGGAAUACCUAUGAAGGGAUAUUAAAAAGACAAAUAGCCUAAUGUCAGUGUAGCACCUCUAAAUGGAUAUUGCAGAUACUCUGAACUUGACUGCCAUUCAACCUCCUGUUCUGUUACCUGCAGUCAUCCAUAUUAGAUGCUAGGCUUGUGCUGUUGCAGACACAGAUGUCAUAACUAAUUACAUUCAGUGUUGGCCUUAAGCAAAACAAUAGGUUUUUGGCAUACUGAGUAAGUUCUACUAAAUACAGCACAAACGUUUCAUUAUAGCUUCUUCAACACACUGUUGGAUUACUAACUUAGAAGGCCAAUAAUCAAGUUUGUAGGCUACUUACUGAUAUAUUUCACAGUUAGUUUAUACCAAACACUGCUUGAUAUACCUUUUAAAAUACACCUUUUUGGUUUCUAACUUCAGUUUAUCCCAAUCCUCAUUAACAAUUGGCCUAACAGCAUUUGUAAUUUAGAAGAGCAUUUUAAUUGUAGUUUUAAAUGAGUGUUAUGGCAGCUGUUUGUGUUUCGUAUAACUUACUUGAGUUAUUGUCUUUAUGGUAUGCUGUAAUUAAAAGAUUACAUUAAUAAAGACAGUGACUAGUAUUCUUUUCUGACCUCAACCCCUAAAAGAUACAUUAGGUGAGUGGCACUCUGUUUCUUAACUGGCUCUUGUGAGACACCAUGAGAAUGGUACAUUAUUACAUUUUUCUUCAUACAAACAUUCUUUAAAAUAUGUUACUACUAAGUAGUUUUUCAAUACUGUUACAUUGUUAUUAACAAAAACAAUAACAAAGAGUUAUCAAAAUGUUAUAAGCAUCAAACUAUAGUGCUGACGCCAGGUCACUUGGCUUGGGUAUAUCCACUCAGACUACAGCUUAUCUAGUUGAGUUUUGGCACAAGCAAGCCAUGGGAAACACAUUAAGUCCAUAUUGUGUUCCAGUAACACAAUUCAGCACUAUAUGUCACUAGAUAAGCCAUAGACUAAGGCUUAAAUCCUGUGUUCAAUUACCUACAUCAUUUCCCCCUUCACUUAUUCCCAGGCCCCAUUCUGCAGCAUUAUCUCUGAAGCAAGACAACCCGGCUUAACUUAUUUACAGGCUAUAUUCAAUUCCUACACUCUUCACUAACAUAUGGUGUAUCACAGAGAGCAAUAAUCCCCCCAAAACAGUGCUGCUAGGGCAGUGAUAAAAGGCUAAUUCAGUUUACCAGAAGGAUAUCACAAUAACGUUAAUGCUUACCUCAGUGAACAGUCUUGAAUGGAUUGUAAAUGUAAUGAAAUAUGUUUCUUUAUUUUAAUUAUAAUGUCACUGUGUUUACCUCUAGGUAUUUCUUUUUUUAAUUAUUUUUUUUGUGCAGAUUUUAUAACCAUACUGUACUUGAAUUAAUCGGGACUGUUGCCACGUUCUUUGCACACUGCAUGGUAUACAGUAUGUUUGUGCUGCUAUAAGAUGAUCAGUAUUUUUUGUAUGAUGUAUUUCUCUAAAGAUGUAGAUAUUUUUGGUAUUAUAAACAAAUGUAUUUAUUAUAGGGGUUUUAAAUGAAUAAAACCUAAUUAUA